AUGGAAAUUUUUACUUCAACUAUUGGUUCGAUUACCGAGAACAUUUCCAACUGCCUGUUUGAUGUAGCAGGCCGUCAAAUUGGGUACCUACUUAACUACAACGACAACAUUGAAGCAUUAAGAAAGGACGCUCAGAGACUCGAGGCUACCAGAGGCAGCAUACAACUGAAAAUUGAUGCUGCUAAAAGAAACAGAGAAAUUAUCUUACCUCAUGUCCAAAAUUGGAUAGCAGAAGUUGAUGAUGUCUCCGCAGAAGUUGACAAGUUUUUGGAAGAUGAAGUCAAAGCGAACAAAAGGUGCUUCAAAGGGUGGUGCAUCGACCUCAGAUCGCGUUAUCGGUUCAGCAAGGCGGCAAAGCAGAAGAUAGCGGUGAUCACUCAGCUCCAAGAAGAUGGAAAAUUCCAAAACCCGUCUGAGCCUGCUCCUCCUCCUCCUCCGGGCAUUAUCUAUCCGGCUGUGGGAUUUUCUAGAAUUUUCGAUUCCGGAGAAUCAAUCAAGAAUGAAGUUAUGGAGGCCCUGAAAGAUGAUCAGGUUAGCAUAAUCGGAAUAUGUGGGAUGGCGGGUGUGGGUAAGACAACACUAGUGAAAAAAAUUGGCAAACAAGCCAAAGAAGAAAAAUUGUAUGAUUCGGUUGUAAAGGUGGUUGUGUCCCAAACCCCGAGUAUCGUGAAUAUUCAAAUAGAAAUUGCUUGCAUGUUAGGAUUGAGGUCAUUAUCUGAUUAUCCUGAAUCAACAAGAGCAAAUUUGCUAUGGGGAAGAAUUAAACAGGAUAAGCAAAUCCUCAUAAUAUUGGAUGACGUGUGGGCAAGAAUUCAAUUGGAGGAGAUCGGUAUUCCUUUCGGGAAAGACCAUGGAGGCUGUAAGAUUGUGCUUACCUGUCGAAGCAAAAAUGUGUGCGAUCAAAUGGACUGUAACAGGACAUUUGUUGUUGGAACUUUGUCGAAACAAGAGUCUUGGGAACUAUUCAAGGAGCUUGUUGGAAUGGAUGUUGAAAAUUCUACAUUAUGCUCAAUGGCAAGAGAGAUAGCAACUGAAUGUGAUGGCCUGCCGAUUGCAAUUGUUACCAUAGCAAGAGCAUUGAAGAACAAAGACAAGCAUGUGUGGAUCGAUGUGGCACGACAACUCAAAACGUCUAUCCCAACAGACAUCCCAGGGUUGCAGGGAAGUGUGAUUUCAUCUUUGGAGUUGAGUAUCAAAUAUCUAGAGAGUGAAGAUGCAAAAUCAUUGUUCUUCUUCUGUAGCUUAUUUCCAGAGGAUUUCAAAAUCUCAGUUACAGUUUUAGUAAGAUAUGGAGCUGGUUUGAGGUGGUUCAAAAAUGUUGAGACAAUGGAGGAUGUUAGACACAGAGUACACGCUAUUGUAAGUUUCCUUAUCUCUUCUUUUCUCUUGAUUCAUGAAGAAGAUGAUUUUGAUGGUGAGAAGUAUGUUAAAAUGCAUGAUGUUGUACUUAAUGUUGCACGUAUAAUAGCACCUAAGUACAACCGAAUAUUCUUGGUGAAAGAUGACGUUCGUUUGGAAGAGUGGCCAAAAAGAGAUACAUUGAAAAGUCUCACAUGUAUCUCAUUGAUUUCAAAUAAUAUUAAAGCUGCACCUAAUGGAAUGGAAUGCCCAAAGUUGCAGUCUUUGCUAUUGCAAAUGAAUCCCAAAUUGCUAACACAAAUAGCACAUGGCGUCAUAUCCGCUCUUUGUAAGUUAGAGGAGUUGUACAUUUUAGAAAGUUUUAGUCUUUGGGAUCUUGAUGGAGAUGGGAGGGAUGGGAGAAGCAAUGCCAAGCUUGCUGAAUUACAAUACUUGUCUAGACUAACUAGCUUGCAAAUUCUUAUCCCAAACCAGGAUCUUUUGCCUGAUAAUGACAUGCUGUUCAAAAAGUUAUCAAACUUUACAAUAAUAAUAGGUGCUCCAGAAAUUAGCGACACAGAGUGGUUUUUGCAUAUUACAAGAAACUAUUCACGGAAAUUGAUGAUCUCAUCUAAUGAGGUUAUGAUUUCACGAUUGCUUGAUUGUCUUAAGAAUUUGAUAACUAAAAAAACAGAGUGUCUAUAUAUCAACGGUUUACAAAACUUCUUUCUUGAUCUUUUAGAUAGAGGUCUCAAUGAGUUGAAAUGGUUAAAAAUAGCUGAUCAGACAGUAUCAUAUCUCCUAAAUACAUUGGAAGGGGAAUCAAACUUGACAUUCCAAAACUUGGAGGAACUACUAAUUUGGGACCAUCCCAACUUGGUAGAAAUAUGUCAUGGUGAACCCCCACUCCAGUCCUUCGAGAAGCUCAAUUCUUUAAGUGUGGGUAAGUGCAAUAGGUUGUCAAACAUAUUUCCCAGUUAUUUGUUACAUAGGUUUCAAAAUCUAGAAUCCGUUGAAGUAUCUGAAUGUGAAUCGGUGGUAUAUAUAUUCGAUUGUGAAGAGCUUAAGGUUGCAAAUGGAGAAACAAAGCUACUCUCGUCAUUAAAGGAUCUGGAAUUGAAAGUUUUGCCAGAGAUGACGCAUAUAUGGAAGGGUGACACUCGAUACAUAAACCUCUGCAACUUGAAGAGAAUAAGUCUGCAAAUAUGCCCAAACUUAAUUGAACUUUUUUCACCAGCUUCAUUACAUAGCCUUAUUUGUUUGGAAGAAAUAACGACAUGGUCUUGUGACAAUUUAGAGGAGAUCUUCAUCUUCAGGACGAAAGAAGAAGAGGAAUAUGAGGAAAAUGGUAUAGUACCAUGGAGGAAAGAUCACACCACAACCUCUCAAAGUUUGGGAAACUUGACUUCAAUAUGUAUAGAGGAUUGCUCUAAAUUGAAAAACCUCUUCGCCCCAUCCAUAGUCAAGAACCUGGUGAAGCUUAGAAGACUUGAAAUAGAUAGAUGCUCAACACUACAUGAAAUAAUCACAAAUGAGGAAGCAUCAGCAGUACAAAGGAUUGUGUUUCCUAAUUUGUCCUCCUUGAGGCUUGUAAGUCUAGAUAACAUUGCUUGUUUUAGCUCGGGCUCAUAUUCCAUUGAAUUCCCAGCUUUGGAGUCACUUUGGUUUUGGGGAUGUCCAAAUAUGAAGAUCUUUGGUUAUGGAGAGCAACUAACACCAAAGCUCAACAAAGUUUGGACAAAUUAUAUUGAUGGACGAUGGAUGGGUGACCUUAACUCUACAGUGCAACAAUUGUUCAUAGAAGAGGAGGAAACAAGGCAACUGGAGGAAAGAUGGCAACAGUUACUCAACAAUCUAAAUGGUAUUAAUCAUCUUUUUUCACUGGUAGAUCAUGAUGAUCUGGUUCUGAAAAAUGAAGCAACAAAAAUGAUAUUGCUGUUAACAAGAGGACAAAGCUUUCAAGAAGAGGUUGCUGGUGAUUAUCUAGAGGAGGCAGAGGUUGCUGAUGAGUUUGAUAGUGACUUUGAUGAAGAGGAACCUGAGCCAGAUGAAGGAGGAGAAAAUGAUGCAGAAGAGAGGUAUAGCCCCUCUUUCAGCAGUAAAUGAUCUAAAAUUCAUUUUUUUUAACCAUUUUCAAAUGUUGAGUUUUCUCCUGAGGAAUCAAAAAUACCUUAACAGUCUACCACCCCUGAAAAUCAAGACGUCCCUGAUGAUGCAGAAGGUGAGAGAGCUGUCAGAAAAUCUACAAGAACUGCUGUGAUCGUUAGGCAAGCUGAGAGAGAUCCAAUACGUGCAGAUUUGCAAGCAACAAUGAAGCCAAUAAAAAGGAAAAAGGAAGGAGAGGAGAAGAGGAUGGCCCAAGAAGAGAUGCUUCUGGAAGCAGCUCAGACAGAGAUUAUGAACUUGAGGAACUUAGAACGUGUUUUAGCGAGGGAGGAAGAGGAUAAGAAAAGAGCAAUAGUGCACAAAGCUGUCCAUAGUGACCCACAGAUGCGGUAUUUGUCAAAGGAUGGGCAGCAUUCUCCGAUUUGUUAUUGAUCUGAGUUCUUCACUUGAAAAGUGAUCUCCAACUAUAGAUUGUACACCGUUGUCAGUAUUGAAAGCGUUUUAUACUUAUUUAUAAAUUUCUCGCACAGGUUAUUCAUAUCUGGAAUUCAGUAAAGGCGCAUCCUUUCAGUCACACAUCUG